AUGCGGAUUGCUCGGUUAGGUCUAACGUUGCUGUGGUCAUUUCAUGCCGCGGCUACCAUUCUACAGAAUGGCCAGGUGAGGGAGGAUCCGUACCCCGGAGAAGCCCGGCGCAUUACUCUCGACGACUCCUGGCGCAGCUAUGAUGCGCAUGUGAAGGAGAUAUCCUACAAAGGACGGUGGGACAGUCAACACGUCUCUUGGUGGUCCGCACCUGGAAUCAAGGUUGAGUUUUCAGGAACCCAGCUUGCGGUGAGCUUUGGCAAAAGUACAUCAGAUGGUGUGUUGGUGGCAUACCGCGUCGGAUCGCUCGACUGGCAAUUCUCCAAUGUCACCGCCGACGCAACCUAUCAGUUCGUUGGACCGGAGUUGGAACUGGAUGAGGAUCUCGUAAAGGAGCACAAGGUGUUCGAGAUGCGAGUUCAGAUCGCCGGUGUCUCCGUUGCAAGCGAUGCAAGCCUGCAGGUUCCUACCAAGUUCAACAAGAAGGUGGAAAUCAUCGGCGGAUCUCUUGCUGCUGGCCAAUUCGCUACUUAUGAGACGAUCUCGUCCUGGGGAUACCUUUUCGCCGCCGGACUUGGCAAUGCUGAGCAUACGCUCACGGCUUAUCCCGGCGCAUGCCUGGUGGAUCUUCGAUGCUACGGCGGCAGCGCACACGGCAUGACCUGGUACUGGAACCGUGCCUCAGAUCCCGGCAGUCGUGCACGCGAAUUCUUCGGCGACAAGCCCGAGAAAUUUGACAACAGCGCCGAACAACCCGCCGACCUCGUCGUGAUCCAAAUGGGAGGCAACGACCACCGCCACCCAAACGAAAUCCCUGGCGACGAAUUUUACCACGCUUACGUCGACUUGAUCGAAGAUAUCCACAGGACAUGGCCCCACGCGGUCGUUCUUAUUGUCUCCCAAUGGGGCCAAUGGGUCAAGGAAGGCUUGUCGUACGUCCCGACACAGGUAUACGAAGAAGAAACCAAGAAUGUCCAUGAUCAUUUCCGUGACCGUGGAUUUGUUUACUACUUCGAUACGAAAGGGAUUCUGCAGCAUAACGAUAUUAACCCGAAGAAUCACCCGACGGAUGUGGGGCAUCUUAAGCUGGCGAGCCAUUUGCUGCAGUGGACGAGGUUGGUGUUGAGGUGGGAGCUUCAGCCUAUGGGUGAGGUUCAGCAUGGAACACUUUAUUGGAAUGAUCAACAAGAGUAUUAG